UUGGCUACUAUAUCUCUUAAACAGAAUACGCUGCUUAUCAGAAAAGGGGUUGUUCUUGAAAAUAUAUUUGUCUUCCAGAUAACCAAGAUAUAAAUUGUCAUAAUCUGGGGCCAUGGUGGCACCCAUGGCUGUGCCUUCAAUCUGUGCCCCCCUUCAAUACUCCAAUGCACUAGAGGGAAGCGUAUACAUUAGGGCUGCCGGGUUUACAUUAAAAACUACACUUCCCAUAAUUCCUUGCUCACCAACACCUUGGUUGGUCUCUAUGACAGUCUUGGUAUUGUUGUUCAGUAGAUAAUCAUAGAUGGAUGAAGAGUUUAACUGCUUUUCUCUUCAUGUAGCCAUUCACAAUAAAUCACUCUUAGAUAUGCUGGAAUGAGCCAAUAUUCCUUUCCUGUUCGCGGACUCUCUUCUGUCAUCUGCGGCGGGCUGGAUAGUUCAGGUUCGGCCCAGCUCAAUGCUGGAUUCUAGAUUCUCUCUGCGUGGCUACUUGUCAUUUGCAUCUUUGUGGUUCCGAAGCCGGUAAAGCAUGAGAAGGCAGCGGUGGGGCAGCUGCCCGAUCCGGAUACAGGCGGCUCUGAGUCUGAUCGCAGGCUUGAUGGAGGAGAAGCGCCUGUAACAGCAUCAGAAGAAUGAUUUCACGAUACAGCCGACGGCCUGUAUCUCAUAGCCUUGAGAUCCGUGGGUUGUCCCGCAGCUGUCUGGACCAGCAUCCUCUUCCAGAGGAGGCAGAUGAUGGUACUGUGCAUCCUCCCAGACCCCUGCAUGAUCUACAGGAGGAUAUGUCCUCAUACAGCAGGUCUGAGGAGUCCUCCGCUUCAUCUGUCAGAUCAGGAUGUCGGUCAGUCACCACAAAUGACACUGCUCAGUCCUGGUCUGGUAUCCAUAGUUACACAGGCACUGGCAUCUCCACAGAACGCAGCUCUGUCAUCUCUUGGGGCUACGAUGAAUUUGAUAAAGCCGCCUCUAGGCAGGUCCAACAGAUGUUUGAAGAGAUUGAUGAAUUGUUGUAUGAGAGGAGAGGUGAAACUCACCUCAAAGGCCUACAGGAAGAGUGUCAUGAGUGGGCAUCACGAUUCCCACACCUACGGAUCCUUGGAACACAGCUGGUGUGUCCUACAGAUGAAGGGUUCCAGUGGUAUGCUACGCCUGCUCACACGCUCAUCUCAUCCAUUGGAGGACAAAACCAAGAGAAGACCGCAAAGGAGUUGUGUGUUCAAGGCCGGAGGGCUGUUUUGUGUCGGCCAUCUGUGGAGGUGACCCACCCUAGUGCCACACCCAGCUGUAACCAUGGAGAUGAGUUGCCCAGGAUUUUGGAAGAGGAGGGGCUGAUAGAAGAGUAUCUCGCCUUUGACUGCCGGGACUUGGAUGAAGAGUGGGAACGCGAGUACAUUAACAGAAGGCAGAAUCACUGCCUGCCCCCUGUCUCACCCUAUCGAUGUCGUCGGGAGGCGGUGCUUGAUCUGCUUUUUGAUGAUGUGUGGCGUGAGCUUAUUGGCUGGAUGGAGGAGCUGGUACGCAGGCAUUGGGAGGGUUUUGUGUCAGAUGAUGAGAAGAAUGUCGUGGCCCUCAGCCCUGCAUGCACUGACUCCCAGAAUCCUUUUCUGCUGCUAUCCACUGUCUCAACAGUGCUUCCGCCAUUGUCCCAGAUCCGAACACAACAGCACACAGCUAGCUUUCAAGCACAGAGCUCAAAGUCAUGGGGUUCAAAGCACAAGUCAAGACGGAAAUCCAAAAAGCAGAGAAAGUCAUCGACUUCCAGUCGGGUACCUGUAGGGGCGGCCGUGACUCAUCACAAUCUUGAUGACCUCAUCAUGAUCCAUGGCAUUCCAUUGCAACAAAGGAACCUGGGAACUCUGGACCGAAUAUCUCUGGACUCUGAGGAGAAAGUGUCUCAUCGCCCUGGCUCUAGUGUCCUUCCCGCCAGUAAACCCCACCGUGCCCUGGAGCAGAGCACAUCCUCUUUGACACGCCCUCCUCAGUCGGCACGGCGACGGAACCCACCUCCUCGCACUCUGAUGCCAUUGACCUUGAGUGUAACGCAGCCCAUCACACCCGGGUCCAUGGAAGAGGUGGUUAGAGGGACAAGAUUGACAACAGCCAGUGAUCGUUUGACCUCACCUCCAAUGCCUAUAAGCAGAAAUACUCUCCUCCCACCCAUUGGUGCAGGAGACACAGAGCACACACACUCUGGACAGCACUCCCGGCUUAUGCAGAAACAGAGAGGCUCCUCGAGUCGGGCUCACAGUGCAGUGACUGACGAGGGUGUCAGUCUGCAGCCCAGAGACAAACUGCUCCAGCUGGAUGUGUUUUCCAGACCCAACACUACACACACCUUUAGGGAGUGUCUUGGUUGUUUUUCAGUCGGACACCCCUUAUCGCCGUUCAUUCACUGGAAUAGACAACAUUGGGCAGGGACGACCUGGCAGAACAUCUGUUGGCAUAGAUUCUCUGGGAAUUGGUGUGACUGGAAUCAGUUUGGGCAUCAGCAGCAGCUCCUUCAUAGACUCAUUUUCCCAUCAUCCUCUCGGCCACUUCCCCAUCGAGCAUGAGGAGGAGCCAGAUGCAAAAGCCUCUCAGCCAGUGUCUGUUCCAGCACGCUCCCAUAACAGAGGCGGUACGACGGCACGCAGUAGCAGACCAGGGCUUUAACACACACACACACACACACACACACACAUACACACACACACACACACACACUUUCUCUCCCCUCCUUCUUUAAACCAAACUCACCUCAGCACUGAUGCAACUUUUCUUCAGUACUGACAGACACUUUAUAUGUCUGCUGAACUUUUGUAUGACAGUCCGUUUGGGCGUAAAAUUGAUUUAUGAACCACUAUUGCUAUUAUUGUUGUAUUCAUAUUGUUGUUUGAAAUUUUCUAGAACCCUAUUUUUGUAUAUUGGAUUAUUCAGCUUCAUAUGGCUGCCAAAUACAGAAAACUGUCUAUCUCUUACAUCUGUAGAUGUACUGUACAUGCUGUACUGUAUGGAGUAACACAUUUUUAUUUUCCCUAAUGACGGCUCCAUGAGGCCUACAUGGAAUUUCUAUGCAGGUUCAUAAAAGCAGGGUUUUCAGCACUAUAGCAUCGUAAGUGUAGGAGAUAACUUUUAUUGCCUGGAAGUUGCCUUUACUGGAGUGUUCAAGAUUUCUUCAGCUCUAGAAAUCACAUAUGAAUUUCAAAAAUGGGUUCUGGAACAUGCUGAAGAAGAUACUCUAUAUAUUAUAAAAAGAAGUUUAGUCAUCAUGAUGCAACUGCAACAACUCUAUCCAGUGAAAACAAGUUGUUAAAUUAGUUAAUGCCUUUACACUGGAUAUUUCAUAGGUUUGUAAGAACUAUUACUGUACAUGAUUCUGAGUUUUGCACAUGAAACCAUCCUUGAAGGUUCCGCAGUUGGAACCCUCUUUACUGUAAGACGUCAUUGCUUAAAGGGAUAGUCCACCCAAAAUGUUUAAUUCUCUCAUCAUUUACUCACUCUCUUGCCAUCACAGAUGUGUAUGACUUUCUUUCUUCUGCAGAACACAAAUUAAGAUUUUUAGAUGAAUAUCUCAGCUCUGUUGGUCCAUUCAAAGCGAGUGAAUGGUGGCCAGAACUUUAAUGGCCAAAAGGCAUAUAAAGGCAGCACAAAAGUAAUCCAUACAACUUCUGAUAUCUUCAGAAGCAAUAUAUAAGGUGUGGGUUAGAAAUAGAUCAAUAUUUAAGUCCUUUUUUACUAUAAAUCUCCACUUUCACAUUCUUCUUCUUUUGUUUUUGGCGAUUCACAUUCUUCGAGCACAUCACCACCUACUGGGCAGGGAGAAUUUAUAGUAAGAAAAGGACUUAAAUAUUGUUCUGUUUCUCACCCACACCUAUCAUAUUGCUUCUGUAGACAUGGAUUUAACCACUGAAGUCUUAUGGAUUACUGUUAUGCUGCCCUUAUGUCCUUUUUGAAGCUUCAAAGUUCUGGCCGCCAUUCACUUGCAUUGAAUGGACCUAAAGAGCUAAAAUAUUCUUCUAAAAAUCUGUGUUCAGCAGAAGAAAGAAAGUCAUACACAUCUGGAAUGGCAUGAGGAUGAGUAAAUGAUGAGAGAAUUUUCAUUUUUGGGUGAACUAUCCCUUUAACAUUCUGAUUCGGUGAUCAUAGAAUGUCGUUUGUCACAUCACAACUGUCCCUUUGAAUAGGGUUCUAUUACCACACCAGAGCCUCAUUGUAGGAACACUACGACUUUGUUAUUCAGAGGAAAACAAUUCACUUUCCAAUAAGAGGGCAGGCCAGUGCCUGUUCUCAAGUUUCUUAGUUAUUAAAACGAUCGGUUAUUCAGAAAAUAAGCCUUUGUGAUUGAGCCUUAGUCCAGUGAGCCAUGUACGUAGAGCAUGCAGUGUUUGUCUUAACGAGAAGAACAGGAAAGUGUGUAUUAUUAUUGCAUAUAGGUCUAUAUACUGUACAAACGCACACAGAGAACAACAGAGUUCAGGGUUCAUUCAAAUAACUACUGUAUUUAAAAAAAUUUUUGGCAUGAGGUGGACUUCACAGGAACAAAAUAAGUAAGGUCUAAUUAUUAAAACUGUCAUGACAAUUUGGUUUCUUUGGUGCCAGGAAAUUCUGACUGGUAAAACAUAUUCUCGCAGAUAAUUUUACUGGCAGAUAUUGAAUGUGGCUCUUACAGGUUUGUAAUGUUUAUGUGGCAGCUUCACUAUAACAGCAUUUUAUUGAAAUUGUACCAACUCUAACAAGCAUUGAUCCUCUGUUUUAACUGAGCAUUUACAUUUAGCGUAUUUGAUUAAUGUCUUGAUUAAUGAUCUCAGUGAGUGAGUAUUUCAUUUUAUCUACUUGUAUAAAUCUAUCUGGAGAUUAACCAUGCUCAAAAGCACAUAUUAUGAGAGAAUAGGCCAUGAGAGUCAUAAGUUUUCAUGAUUUGAGAGAUGGACUCCUCUACAGCCAUACUGAAGCAAUUUCAUAAGUAGAGGCACUGUUCUCACCUACGUCAUCUCUUCAUACCCCAGCCUAAUGCCUCUGCCCUUAAGACAGAUCCAACAAUUCUUCACUCAGCUCGGCAAGGACAAUCUACAUUUGCAGAAGUUGUAGCCAUAAUUGAGUUCUAGAGGUUGUUUUGUCAAUUUACUAGAAUUCCAGUAGACGUUCUGCUGUUUGACUGCAGACCACAGAGUUUCAUUGCUGCUGAUGAUUUGAAGUGGGCAGGUUCCAAGAGCCAUGUCACCUGAAUCAAUAAGGCACUUUUCACACAUAUGUAUAUAGAUUUUUUUUAUUUUUUUUCAAGUGGACGUGAGGUGAGAAUGUUCGAUUUGAUAUAUACUGGACAGGAGUGAAUGUGUGUGUGUGUGUGGACUCAGUGGAGGUGACACAGCUCUUGGAAGGUGUAGCACUGCUUUAUCUUAAGAUUUCCCCUGAAUGUUUACCUCUAUAAGAUAAAUGAGAAUGGCAAUUUAAAAAUAAAGGAGAUUAUUUGAGUAA